AUGACCCCCCGCGAGCAGGUUCUACGUCUCCGGCGUACCGAUGCCGAAGGACAGUACCUCUUGGUAAGCGUCUCUCAAGCAGGGUCAAAAUCAUUGGAUUUAAAGCUCGUCGCUUCAGAAGGCGAGCACGUCUACCCCACGAAUAUCAGAGAGACCAACGUCAAGUCGUUACAAGCGAGCAACUAUAGCGGCAGCCUCGAAGAGUGGAAGACUAUCCUGAAAUGUGCACUGCUCCAUGACUUUUCGGAUGGACAACGAACUGAUUUGCAAGGAGUGGAGUCUGUGGCUGCUAUCAGCGGCGACAAACUGACAAUUACGAUCCGGAAGAACAUCAGCGGGAUCACGCAGCGUCUUGGCUCGAUCAGAUUGCAGCAGAACGAGGAAGAAGAAGCGAGCCUUUUCGACUGGGCCUGCACUGCUGUGACGAUAGCAGACAGCCUCCGCGAGCAGAUGACUGCGUUGCAAACAUCGGCAGCCUCCCACCAAGAGCAGGUGGCGAAGUUGAAUCGCCAACUGGAUGACCUUGUGCAGGCGAAGAAAGCGCACGAAGAGGAGCUUCUUAAGAAGUUCGCUGUAUUGAUCAAUGAGAAGAAGCUCAAGAUUCGCCAGCAGCAGAGAUUGCUUGCCAAG